AUGGGUGGAUGUGUAUCUGUACAUUUUGCUGCUAAACAUUCGGAUAUUGUGGAUGAUUUGAUUUUGUUUUCACCUGCUGGUGCAACUUGGAAAUUGCCAUUUGGAAGUUCACUUGUAAAGGUUCCAUGGUUGGGAAAUGUUGUUUAUGGAGCUUUGCAUAAGGCAUCAACUGAUGAACAAAAGGUUGCUACUGGACUUUUUGAUUUGAAUGAUUCUCUAGUUCAGGAGAGAAUGAAAUACGCAGUGGAAAUGAAAAAUAAGGAAGAUGAGAAUAAUUCUCAAGUAACUUCAUUUGUUAAUUCAUUUACGUAG